AUGCAGAACGAGUAUGCCGAAGACAAGGUGCAAACCCGAGUAAAGAAGGUCAAGGCAGGACGGAAGGCGUAUUCAGAAUCCGUCGCAGUCGGCAUACCAUCAGAAGUCAAUGUUGCCGUCGAGGUUCACAGCUGGAACCGUUUCUACAAUGACUAUGUAGCCGACUCUGGCAUUGCUGCUUUCAACUUUCUGCCCAAGUUCCAGACUGGCGACUCCCCAGUUCAUCUCUGCGAAGCACUUCAGGCAGUAACUGUUGCGAGCGCAGCACAACAGCUCCAACAGUCCGGAUUGAUGGUUCGCGCAAGAUCCCACUAUGGAAAAGCCAUCAUGAAGCUAAAUACUGCAUUGGACAACCAAAAAUCAAAUGCUGACGAUUCGAUCUUGAUCACACUAUUUCUGUUGUCACUAUUUGAGACCGUAGUUCCGGGAUAUUUCAAAACUGUUAUGAUGGAUAAGACCUUCCAGUGCCACAUCCACGUUCGAGGCAUCUUGACCGUUCUUCAGUUGCGUGUUCAGAGAGCCCAGAAGUCUGAACUAGACGAAGCUAUUUUCGCAUUCAUUUGCCACAUCUAUAGAAGCUGA